AGCUCUGAGGUCCAGUAUGAAUCAGCUGUGUGCUAACAUCAUUGGACAUCUGAACAGCAAAGGUCUAUAUGCUAUGCUGCAGUGUUUGCUGUUGAAAGGCCUUGCCAGGAAGAAGCCCUCUUUUUCACAUGCAGCUCUUUCAGCCAUAUUCACUCUUGCUAUCAGACCAGUGAUUAUCAGUAAGUGUUCAGAUAAUCUGAUGUCUUUGUUUCUACUAUAUAUAAUGUCAGUACCUGGCCUGGUUCUUCACCUACAAACCACAAGUAAAGAGAGCAUUACAGUCCUCCAAUCAGAAAACCUGUUUAAGCACUCAUUGGAUUAUCUAAGCCUAGACCAGAACACACGCAUCAUCUUCAACUCAUUGGAAGGAAAUUAUGCACUUUGUCUUCUGUCGAACAUCAUCCAUUUAGGAUACAUUGAGCAAGAUAAGCUGAUCAGAAAUGUAGCCUCAUUUACUAGGGUUGUUCAUUGCUUAUUGAUGCAUUGUCAAAAUUAUGUUGGCAAAAAGAAAUCAAAUACAUCACAAUGGCAUCCAGUGCUUGGCUGGUUCUCACAAUCAAUAGAUCAUAGUUUGCAUGAAUCCAUGGAGUUUGUACUGAAGCAACUCAGCAAGUUGUGGAGUCGGGUCAUAGUUGAAGCCUUGUUCGACGAUGCAUUAAAAGCAGCUGCAGCCUCUGCUGCCGCUGAACAAGAAAAAGCAACACAGAAAGAACAACCAAAAGGACUAUUACGGAAGCUUCAACGUACCUCUUUAAAGUUGACAUCUCGUCCGACAAAAAGUUUAAACACGCCUGAGGUGGUGACCGUGUGUGGUGUUUGUGAUAUGUUCCAGACGGCCAUGUCCACGCUUACUGAAAUUAAAGCUAAUAUAUUAUCAGGAUUGACCUAUAAGGAUGACCUUUUACCUAGUCUUUGGCACUUCAUCACAGAGCUUGGCCCCAACAGCGGUAUUAAGUUGUUUCUGGAAAGUCUAGACUCAAGUGUAGAAUCGCAGCCGAUUCUGUCUCUGCUUAUGUUCUUCUGUGAUUGCUCAACUUAUCUCAUUACAAUUCUUGAUGAUGUUGAAGUAUAUGAACAUCAAAAGCCUUUCAAGUUGGAUGACCUGGUUAACAUGUCCUCAUUCCUCAACAUGUUCAUCUAUAAAAUGAUCUGGGAUCAUAAUAUAGAUUCAAAUAGCAGACAGCAUUCUCUCUUUGUGUCUACACACCCUCUGUUGAUGCUCUUACAUCAACGAGAUGCUAGGCGCUCAUUUACACCUGACAACCAUUGGCUUAUCAAAGAUCUGAAAAUGAGUUUAUUUAGAAACGAACUGGAAAGAGGAAGUAAGCGAGCGAAACGAGUCCUACAGAUUAUUCCUCAUGUUAUUCCGCACAUAGAGCGUGUUAUAUUAUUCCGGAAGAAGGUUGGUGAUGAGAAGAAAGAAUUAGGUUUUGUUGAAACUGCCGGCAUUAUGCCACACUCAACAUUGAUCACAAUUAAACGUAGCCAACUGGUAGAGGAUGGGUACCAACAAAUAGGUCACAUGGAUGGUAAGUUACUAAAGGGGACCAUUAGGGUGAAGUUUGUCAAUCGGCAAGGUCUUGAGGAGGCUGGCAUCGAUCAAGAUGGUGUCUUCAAGGAAUUCCUCGAGGAAAUUAUCAAGAAGGUUUUCAACCCGGAAUUGAAUCUGUUCAGGCACACAGAAGAUCAGAGGUUGUACCCAAGUCCUACAUCAUUUAUCCAUGAAAAUCAUCUAUCACUGUUCGAGUUCGUUGGGAAGAUGCUAGCGAAAGCUAUUUAUGAGGGUAUUGUCGUUGAAGUUCCAUUUGCUUCCUUUUUUCUGAGUCAAAUGGUAGACCACCAACAUAGCGCCCUCUACAGUCCACUUGACGAACUUCCUUCAAUGGACAAAGAUCUGUUUAAGAAUUUGUCAUUUUUAAAGCAUUAUGACGAAGACGUUGCUGAUCUGGACCUUGUCUUCUCGUACGAUGAAGAUGUAAUGGGCAAAAUCGUAACGCAUGAGUUGAUCCCUGGAGGCAAAGCCAUUGGUGUUACCAAUGAAAACAGAAUUCGCUAUGUACACUUGAUGGCCCAUUUCAAGAUGCGCUAUCAAAUACGCGACCAAGUGAAAGCAUUCAAGAACGGGUUUUGCUCUGUAGUGAAUCCAGAGUGGCUAUCCUGGUUCACCACUCCAGAACUCCAAAGAUUGAUCUCUGGAGACAACGUUGCCAUUGAUUUAUCAGACCUCAAGAAGCAUGUUCUGUACUAUGGUGGAUUCCACAGUGGUCACAAGGUGGUUGUGUGGCUGUGGGACAUCUUGGAGAAAGAUUUCAACAGAGAGGAGAGAGCCCUCUUUUUAAAGUUUGUUACUAGUUGCUCCAAGCCACCAUUGUUGGGUUUUGUUCACCUACAGCCACCAUUCUCCAUCAGAUGUGUAGAAGUUAGUGAUGACCAGGACACUGGAGACACACUAGGCAGUGUUGUUCGCGGAUUCCUCGGUAUUCAUCGUCGUGAUCCUGUUGGUCGUCUGCCAACGUCGUCCACAUGCUUUAAUUUGCUCAAGUUACCAAACUAUUCCAGGAAAAGCACUCUCAAAGAGAAAUUACGAUAUGCCAUCACAAGCGGAACAGGUUUUGAAUUGUCAUGAGAUAAUAUGAGGUCACAUACAAUUUUGCCACAGUAUUUGAUAUUUUAUGAAAAAAAGUUAAGUUUACCAUUUUCUCAGAAUGGAACAGUCCAUCUUUCUAAAAUUUGAAAACAUUGUAUUACGUGAUGAUGUGCAAUGGGACAAAACGAAUGGAAUGAAAAAUGCAGAGAUGGAACUAAAUUUUCGUAAUGAGUGAUGAAAUGUUAAUAACCAAUGGCAUGUGAUAUGAAAUCCACCAAUUAAAUAGCAAGGAUUGAUUUCGUGCGUUAUAAAAAUUUAUAUGGGAAAUCAGAAGUUGGUGAUAACCCCAUACGUUGGUGCAAUAACAACAGAUAGGAAGAGUAAGUAGACGUGGCAGUAUUGUGGAUUGAAAAAUAGAAAUUAUUAUAAUUAUUACAGUGUAACUUGGAUUUGAUAUUGGUUUAAACAUAUUGAACAGAAGAUAUUUUGCAUGUAUGUUGUCUUUAUUGGCCACUAUAUGUUCAUAUGACACACAUUUAUAUUUAUUAAAAUCAUGGAUAUACACCAAUCAAAUAGUAAUUAUUUGUUUGAAAAAUUAUUAUAGCACUUUAUUAUCAAUAGUACUGGUAGUAAUGCUAUUACUUUUGUUAAUAUAUACUUGUAAAAUACCAGUGUGGAAUUAUUAUUUUUGUUAUUACUACUGUAUUAAUAUUUAUGUAUAUGAGACACAUUUUAUAGAUGUAUCUGUUUUAAAAAUGUGAUUUAAAUAAUGAAAUUGGAAAUAGAGUUUAUAUUUUAAGAAGGAUGGAUAUAAUAUAGAUAAUAUUAAUGGUAAGGAUGUAUUGCAAAGAGUGCAGCUGUACUUUGUUGGUAAUGAUGAUUUCCUCCCAAUCAAAAGGUCAAUCUUGUAAUGAGAAAAACCUGGAUUUUUUCUCACAACCAAUAACAACCUCACCCCCUGAUAGUGAUAUAUAAACAUGAUUUCCAUAAAAUAGCUACACGCUAUUGCCAAUAGAUUUCGGUGACACUGAUUGGUCUUUAGAUCGGGAGCCUUCUUGAUGGGGUCAAGGACAGCCAUGUCAUGGAACGAUUAAAGUGAAACAUUGUAGCAAUUUCAUGGAAAAAAGGAUUUAGUUUAUAGAUAGAGCAUCACUUCACCAGUUGCUAACUUGAUCGAUUGAUUGAUUGAAUGAUUGAUUGAUUGAUUCAAACACACUUUUAUAGUACAGUAUCACACACAUAAAUGAAGUUGUGGUGCUUCCUGGCAAAUUAUGAUGUAAAACUUCAUAAAAAGUAAACUUUAACUCAAACUUAUUGAGGUAAUUAAUGAGAAUGAAAUGUAUUAAAUUUAAAGAUGUAACAUGUAAGACUUGUAUGAAUUUGUAUAAGAAUAUGUAUAGAAAUAUUGAUAUGGAUUUUUGUAUAACGAUGCAGGGGUCCUAAGUACAGGGGAGAUAAAACUCACUUCAUCAGGGUAUUAGAGUAGACUCAAAAAUUAUUAAAUAAAGCCUUUGAAACACUUAAAUUGUCAUAGUUCCUGGGGGAUUCGCCCUGCACAUCCAAGAGAUUUUGAGCAACACCUGACCGUGGAUAUAUUAUUGCAUUAUAUUAUAUUGCACAGGAAAUAUUAAUACAAUUUGAUGUGUUAUGAAGCUUGUAUCAAACUAGAUCUCUCUGCUAAGUGGAUUCUGUCGACUAACGAUGUGUAUAAGUUGCAGUUGUAUAAUGCAUACUUGUGCUCAUAAUUGCAUAUACUGUAUAUCAUUCAUGGUGUAAUUGUGCUAUGCUUAGGAACCAUCUUCUCAAGAGUACAAAACAUGUGCUGUAAAAAGGGGUGGGUUGGGGGGAGAGAAAUUAACUAUUAUGAUCUCAGAAUGACAAAAAUAAUUUUAUUGUGUACUCUUUAAAAAUAUGGAUGACCCCUUACUAGGAAUGAAUGCAAAGAUAUAUAGGCAUACCUAAUACUCUCUGUAUAUUUUGGUAUGCUUUCUACAGGUUUAAACAAAUGAAGAAGCUGUACUAUUGCAUUUGAUUUCUUACAGUUUUGCUGAAAUGUGAAGGAAAUCGUUUAAUUGUUCAAUCAAAUUACAAUGAACAUAGUUACUUAGAUAUUAACAAAUGGAGUGAUGUCUUGAUUAAGAUACUUGCCUUCCAAUCCCACAUGAUUUUUCUGACAACUAAAAGCACCUCCUCCCAAUUUUUAUUUUAAUAUUUAUAAUGGAUUUGUUCAGUUUAAAAUGCAUAACCCACCAGUCCAAAGGUCCUUCUGAUGGCCUGGUGAAUUGGAUACACUGGGAGGCAACCCUUUACUGUAAAUUAUAAGUACGAUUAUUGAUGAGUAAUUGGUGACAUUUACAUGACGAAAAUUAUCAAUCAAUUUAUUUCAUUUGCAUCUUUACAUUAUCAUGUACAAUUGCUAAAUAUGCAAAUUCCGAAGUUCCAGAAAACAUUUCUGGAACGUUUAUAUUGGUACUGUGAUAGUACAAGAGUACUCCCAUUCAUAUAAAUCACUUCAACCAAUAAAGGCUGAUGUUUUUCCAGCAGAGAAUCAAAUCAAGGCAAGGUUUGAAGACUGCUUAAUUUGAUUUGAGAGUCACUAUUUAGGACCAGUAGACGUUUUCUUUGAGAUGGAAAAUUAAAGUUUGACGAGUUGAGUACGAGUGGUAAUUUCUAAAGAGGGUCUAAGAAAUGCAAGUAUUAUAAGUUUUAAAUAAAA